AUGAAAAGAAAAAGAAGUUCAACAGCCUCUGAUGCCCAAAAUGGCAACAAGGAAGCAGAGGAAGUUUCCAAUGAAAGAAUUCGAAGCAUAACAGAUCUCCCAGAACCCAUCUUUCUCACAAUUCUGCUUCAACUUCCUAAGAAGACAAUUCUCAUUUGCAGGUGCGUAUGCAAACCUUGGCGCAAUCGUAUAUCCAGUUCCAAAUUUGCUAAUUUGUCCUCUAGAAAAGCACGUGCUUGUCUCCUGAUUCGAAUCAAUGAUCCUAAACGUGUUUCAAGAACCAUCCACCUUGUUGAGCUUGAACAUGAAAAUUUCGAUCUGGGGUGUUUAUUUUGUGAUACCGGUUGCCCUCAGUGUGACCUUCAUGUGAACAUGGAACUUGUCACCAAAGUUAAGCUUCCAUUACGUGAUGCCAAGAUGGUACUCAACAGCAGAGAUGACGUCACUGCUAGUGUGAAGCUUAAUCCUAAAGGUGGAGUAAGCAAGAAGAAGUGUUUCAUUGCCUCAAAAAACCGCAAAGAUCACAAGUUUGGCAUAGUGAACCCGUGUGAAGGGUUGCUUUGCUUGUCCGAACCCAAACAAAACAACCCUGUUGUUGUAUGCAAUCCAAUGACUGGAGAAUUCAUCAAACUUCCAGAAGCAAGCAAGGUUGAGAAACCUAGAGAGAAAAUUGAUUCUUGUCUGGGCUUCAGUCCAAGAACUAAACAAUAUAAGGUGAUAAGAAUUUUCACUCAACAGAUUUGUGAUCCCAUUAGUGGGAGGAAAGAGUAUGGCGAUAAGUUCAUUGGUUUCGUCCUGAAUUCACGAAGGCGGAUUUCAAAAUUGUUUCUUUUGACGUUUAUAAUGAGCAAUUCCAAUUAA